CAUUAAGGGCAAUCAGACGUCACCCCCACUCUGACUUUGAAAACAAUUAUGAUAAAAAUAAACCAGACGUCUGAACACUUAUAUUUGGUCUUAGAAACGAAUGACGUUUUAAUUUUUAAUUUUUGAUAGAUGUUUUUUAAACUACUUAUGAUUUGAAGGCGCGUCUCGUCGACGUGUGGGAUCCAAAGGUUUUUAUAACGCAAUGGGAAGAAAUAAAAAUGGGCAAUGGUAAUUUAAAUGUUAGUGAAGAGUGCGAAGAAGACAUGGGUAAAUAUUUGAAUGGAAUUUCGUUGAAUUCACAGUGGGCGCUAAAAAUGAUGGAUGCAAGUGGAAGAUACACAUGGGGAUUAUUUUCUGGUAACCGGUACUGGAUUGGAGCAAUGGACCAGUGCAAAGAAAUGGAAAAUAAUUACAUUAAUUACUUGUUACAUACUACUGAUAAUAAUAAUAAUGAUAAGGAAAUAAUAAAGAAAAAUUACUCAAGCAUUCCGCCUUUUCAUGUUUCCGUCAAUUCAGUUAAUUUACAAAUUUUUAUGAUGCUUGACGAAUCUAACCCGGCUCAUAAAAUUACUUUGGGCGUAUGCCUGCCAUCCAAUUGUAGAACUGAUGAUGUUCGAAUGUUACUUAAUUUUUACAUAAGUAAUAAAUUGAGUAAUGAAGGAAAUGUUACAGUUAAUAAUGUAAGAAAUUUAGACGAAGGAUAUACAUUUUGGGAUGAUUACGCUUUUGUAAUUAUGAUGAUUACCGGAGGAUUUGUUGUCUUUAUUGUAACUCUUGGCACGUGUUAUGAUAUUGCGUUGAGAUUUAAAGUUAUAGGUACGAAAGAAUCUCAUAAUAAUAAUGAAAUUGUAAGACGUAAUGGAAUUUCUAAGUACGAAGAUUGUGCUGAUGAUAAACGUGACAAUACUGUUAGUGCUUUUUAUAAAUUAUGGAGAUUUAAAGAACAUAAUGCGUCACUUGAUUUAUGGAAGGAAAAAAGUGUUCCAAAGCCAAUGUCUGAAGCUUUAUUAUCAUUUAGCUUGCUAUUAAAUCUUGAGAAAUUACUUAGCCUUGAUGUGGGACACGAUACAUUAGCUCCUAUUCACGGAUUAAGAUUUAUAUCUAUGCUGUGGAUUAUUAUGGUUCAUACUUGUCUCAUCGCCAAUGAAGUCUCCGACACAAAUAUAUUCCGUUUGAAUGCUGAGCAAGAUUUUUUCUAUCAGACCAUAAGCAAUGGAACUUACGCCGUGGACACAUUUUUUUUCAUCAGCGGGUGUCUGGUGACAUUUUUGUACUUUCGGACGAUGUCCAAGCGCAGAUUAAGCGAAAAAAAAAUAACUAAAGGAUUUGUCGGUAAAAUUUUACAAUUUAUUGGACUAACGUUCUACCGUUAUUUCCGUUUGACUCCCCCUUAUCUAUUGGUAAUUGGUAUCAUACAAGUUUCCAUGAAAUGGUACCACGCUCAUUCAUUAAUUGAAUUGCCCUCCUUGGACUAUGAGACUUGCGAAAAAUUUUGGUGGAGAAAUGCUUUGUAUGUUAAUACUUAUUUUGACAUGGAUGAGAGAUGCAUGGUAUGGAGCUGGUAUUUAGCCAACGAUACGCAGUUUUACACAUUUGGGAUAAUUAUUCUUAUUAUCGGAGCAAAUUACUUAACUGCUGGUGCGGUGAUUGGAAUUGUCGUUCUUAUUUCGUCCUGGAUUGUUACAACGAUUAUCACAAUUCAAACUCAGCAUGUACCCACAAUCCAAGAUCCUUUUGCGCAUUACGAGAGUCUUUAUGACAAGCCUUGGACAAGAAUAGGUCCUUAUCUCAUCGGAAUGGCAACUGGAUGGUUUUUAUACCGGAUUGAUUGUAAAUUAAAGAUAAAUAAGGCCAUUAUUGUAAUCGGCUGGACGUUAUCUAUCACGACUUUACUAAGUAUUGUCUACGGCCUUUACGGAAAUACACUGGGUCCAAUUUCUUCGGCCCUGUACACUGCACUUUCACACUCCGGAUGGGCAAUUAGUGUCGCGUGGAUUCUAAUUAUUUGUGUGACCAAAAAUGGAGGACUCGUUGAAAUUUUACUAUCUUGUAAAUACUUGUACCCAUUAUCAAGACUGACUUAUUGCGUCUACCUCAUUCAUCCAUUGCUGACACGAGCAAUAAUUCUGCAUAGUGAAAGUUCGUUACAUCUUUCACGAGAGUUAAUCGCUAUUUUAUUUUUUGGAGUUACUAUUAUUUCUUAUACUGCUUCACUUUUUAUCAGUUUAUUUUUUGAAGCUCCUAUGGUAUCUUUUUUAAGAAUUUUUCAUCCUUUACGUCAU